ACCAUCAUGCCUGGGGCCCCAGCCCGGGUCCAAUAGGGGGGCCAGCCCGGGCUGAUAAAAGCCUGGACCGUGAGGGGGUUGGGGCUGCGGGGCCGUCUCACCGCUCAGCCCUCCGUCACGAUGGCACUUGCACUAUUAAACAUCAUGUUGGUCGCCCUCCCCAUGGCCCACUGUUACCCGACUGUCUUUCAAGACCUACCCCAGGGGAGCAGGAACAGGUCUUCUAUCAAGUUCCUGGCGGUGGGGGACUGGGGGGGUGUGCCCUACCCGCCCUACGUGACCCCCGUGGAACAGACCACCGCUCGGGAGAUGGGGAAGAUCGCCAAGCAGAUGGGAGCCGACUUCGUUCUGGCCCUCGGCGAUAACUUCUACUACACUGGCGUUGACAGUGUGGACUCUCCUCGGUUUAAUGACACGUUUGAGUCGGUGUUCACCGCCAAGUCUCUGAACAUCCCCUGGUACGUCCUGGCCGGCAAUCACGACCACGCCGGAGACGUCAGAGCCCAGAUCGACUACAGCCGCAAGUCCAGCAGAUGGCGCUUCCCCUACUUCUACUACGAGCUCAACUUCCGCAUCCCCUCCACGGACAAGACGCUGGCCAUCAUCAUGCUGGACACGGUGAUGCUGUGCGGGAACUCGGACGACUUCGUGGGCGAGAAGCCGCAGCGGCCGCUGAGCGCCGUGGACGCCAGCCGCCAGCUGACCUGGCUGAAGGCCCGGAUGAAGAAGUCCAGGGCCGACUUCCUGCUGGUGGCCGGACACUACCCGGUGUGGUCGGUGUCGGAGCACGGCCCCACCGAGUGCCUGCUGAAGCUGCUGCGCCCCCUGCUGGUCAAGCACAACGCCACCGCCUACUUCUGCGGCCACGACCAUAACCUGCAGUACAUCGUGGAGAGCGACGUGGGCUACGUGGUCAGCGGCGCCGGUAACUUCCUGGACCCGGACGUCCGCCACUGGCACCACGUCCCCAGGGGCGCCGUGCGCUUCUUCACCGGUGAGGCGUCCACGCUGGGGGGCUUCGUGCACGGGGAGGUCUCCAAGGACCAGAUGGUGUUGACCUUCUUCCAGGCCAAGGGCACCUCGCUGUACCGCACGGUGCUGCCCCGACGGGACCUGGACUAGACUAGGCAGGGACGGGACCUGGACUAGACUAGGCAGGGACGGGACCUAGACUAGGCAGGGACGGGACCUAGACUAGGCAGGGACGGGACCUAGACUAGGCGGGGACGGGGACUAGGCGGGGACGGGACCUUGACUAGGCAGGGACGGGACCUGGACGGGACCUAGACUAGGCAGGGACGGGACCUAGACUAGGCAGGGACGGGACCUAGACUAGGCAGGGACGGGACCUGGACUAGACUAGGCAGGGACGGGACCUGGACUAGACUAGGCAGGGACGGGACCUGGACUUGACUAGGCAGGGACGGGACCUGGACUUGACUAGGCAGGGACGGGACCUGGACUAGACUAGACUUGGCACGGGACAGGGUCGAUCCCGGUCACAGGAUCAGGAGUGGUCUUGUGGUUAUGGUGGAGAACCCCGGUACUCUACAGCCUUGGAAAAUAUAAUCGCAGACUUUGCUAUCCUAGCUACUUGUAUCUGGUUUUAAUACAGAAUUGUUGUAACUACGAAGACAAAAAUGUAAAUUUUUAGAAUGAUUUUAAUGUAUUGAUAAUAAAAUAUGGAAGAUGUACUGUA